GCUUUCUUGUGCCAAUGCUCGCCCACUUCAUCAGCUUCUAUUUGCUCUAAGGAUCAUACCAGUCACUGAGGAUACUUUGGCAGAUCAUAUUAUAUAUUGAAGCCAAAUCCUGAAAGAGAAACAUGCAUUACUAUUCUCAAAUGUCAUCAUAUUCCAUUUGCAGACCAAAUGCAGUUCUACUGCACCCCCAGACAAAUUGGACCAGUUCCAAGGGCAACGAUGACAAAAGAAUUGGUCGUCACUGCACACAAGUUCCAAGAAAUGUGAAUAUGGAGAACCUUCGAAGUGGAUAUUUGUUUCCUGAGAUAUCCAUGGCGGAGUAUGAACACAUGCAAAAGAAGCCGCAUGCAAGGUUGAUAAGACUUGGUAUCGGUGACACCACCGAGCCUAUACCGGAGAUCAUAACAUCUUCAAUGGCUGAGCGUGCAUAUGGUUUGUCAACCUUUCAAGGUUAUAAAGGUUAUGGAGCUGAGCAAGGCAACAUGGAAUUAAGAAUGGCUAUUGCAGAGAGAUUUUACAAAGAUGUGGGUGUAAAAGGACAGGAGAUUUUUGUAUCAGAUGGCGCACAGUCUGACAUUUCUCGCCUUCAGAUGCUUCUUGGUUCCAAUGUGAAAGUGGCUGUGCAGGACCCAUCUUUUCCGGGUUAUAUAGAUUCAAGUGUAAUUAUUGGUCAAGCCGGCAAGAUUGAACAGAAAACUGGAAAAUAUAGCAACCUUGUAUACAUGAACUGUGGAUCUGAGAAUGAUUUUUUCCCUGAUUUGUCAACUACACCAAGAACAGAUAUCAUUUUCUUUUGCUCUCCAAACAAUCCCACUGGAAAUGCCGCAUCGCGGCAGCAGUUAAAGAAGCUGGUUGAUUUCGCGAAGACUAAUGGGUCUAUAAUAAUUUAUGAUUCUGCAUAUGCUGCUUAUAUAACAGACGGAAAUCCAAGAUCAAUAUUUGAAAUUUCUGGAGCCAAAGAGGUGGCUAUUGAAAUUUCAUCCUUCUCAAAAUUUGCUGGGUUCACAGGCGUCAGGCUUGGGUGGACAGUGGUUCCUGAAGAGCUGUUAUAUUCUAAUGGAUUUCCUGUCAUAAAAGAUUUCAAUCGCAUUGUUUGUACUUGCUUCAAUGGUGCUUCAAAUAUUGCUCAGGCUGGAGGGCUAGCCUGCCUUUCUGAAGAUGGUUACAAGGCUGUGAACAAUGUGGUUGACUACUACGAGGAGAAUGCAAAAAUACUUAUUGAAGCAUUUGCAUCACUUGGACUGAAAGUUUAUGGAGGAAAGAAUGCCCCUUAUAUAUGGGUACAUUUUCCAGGAUCGAGUUCUUGGGCUGUAUUCAAAGAAAUUCUAGAGAAAACGGAUAUAGUGACUGUUCCAGGCAGGGGAUUUGGACCUGGUGGUGAAGGGUACAUCAGAGUCGGUGCAUUUGGACACAGAGAAACUAUACUGGAAGCUUCAGUGAGGCUGAAAAAAUUCUUUGCAUGAGUUGCCUGUCUUAAUUAGCAUGAGCUAAUGCUAAUUAAGCAUAAUAAAAUCUAAUUGCACGGACAAUGAUUUCAUGAAGGAUCAAUUACGAUGAGUAAUUUUAUGUGUCACUAAUGGGAGUUGACUCUAGUGAUAGACCGAAUUAUGAAUAAAGAUUUUGGAUUCGGAGUUCAAUCCUUUUUGCAA